UGUCCUGUUUGUAAACUGAAAGGCCGAAAUACUGAAGCAGAAAAUUAUUGUGUGGAAUGUCAGGAUUACUAUUGUUUAACAUGUGUGAAAAUCCAUGAAGACUUCCCAUCACUAAGUGAUCACACUAUUCUUGGAAAAGGUCGAUUUCCAUCGGGAUCAGAUAAUUUGCAGCUGUCACCACGUAUUGAAUCAAGCGAACCUCCACCUACGGCGCCAUCAGGAAGAUGUGACAGACAUACUCUCCACCAUAUCGAUAUGUAUUGUCAAAACCAUGUUGAUGUUGGAUGUGAUAUAUGCAUGGCAGUAGACCACAGGUUAUGCCAGGAAAUCUUUUACAUACCAGAAUUUCUGCAAAACAACAAAAGCGUAUCAACAAAGAAGACAAUAUACUGGAGAAAUUAAAAUCAACUGAGAUAACGCUCAAAGUUCAACAUGAGAAAUUUCAACGUGAAAUACAUGAGCUUAUGAAGAAAAAAACUGCAACACUAGAACACAUCAGAACGUUUAGAACGGAAAUCAAUGAUAGACUUGACGAGCUGGAACAGAAUACAGUAGCUUCAAUCGAAGUUAGAUAUAAAUCCUUUAUAAUCAAGUUAGAAAAAGAAAUGAAGGCAAUUGAGGGAAACAAAGCCAGCAUACAGUCCGCAAGAGAUAGGCUUGUAUCUGCAGUAACUAAUAAAAAUGCAUCGCAAACUUUUGUUGAUACCAAAAAAGGUAAUGAAAUAGUUAGCAAAGUGGUCAAAUCCAUGGAAGAAAGCAAACCAAAACCUCAGGAACCUGAUAUUGAAUUUAGAGCAGAUUCUAGACUUCCUGCUUUAUUACAAGAAUUAUAUGCCCUUGGAAAUAUUACGCAGACUGACACUAAGAAGGCUGAACAUACAGAAACAGUUUCUGUUAAACGGAAAAGUUCACGUCAGAUAAAUAAAAAAUCAAAUAUUUCAGAAGCUGGUAACGUUCCGCCGGAAGCUAAACUUCAAAUCAUAGACAUCAAGAAAUACAGUGUUAAAAUUCCGUCAGAUGAAUAUGCAUGUAAUAUUAAAAGCGCCUGUACUUUGGAGGAUGGUACAAUACUUCUGUCUGACCACGCAAACAACAAGCUGAAACGUUUGGACAGCUUAACAUAUUCUGUUAUAGACUUUUGUGACCUGCCUAGGAGACCAUGGCAAGCCUGCUCCAUAAGUUUACAUCAGGCUGCUGUAUGUUUGCCAUACAAGCAAGAAGUUCACUUCAUUUCGCUAACAGACAGAAUGACAUUCAAAAACGAACUAACAACGGACUUUAAAUGUUAUGGACUAGCAUAUGCUGAUAACAAUCUGUAUAUUUCAGACAGAGGCACGUCUAUUUAUAUAUACAGUGUGCUGGGGAGAAAGCUGCAACAGUUCAGUAGGAACCUAUCAGGGCAGAUGCUGUUUUCGAACAUAUGCAGUGUAGUUGUCUAUAACGAUGGUUCCAAGAUUUAUGUUGUUGACUCUCACAAGGGACUGAUUGUGCUCGAUAAAAAUGGAAAAGUUUGUAACGAUUACAAUGGUACGAAGUUAAGUAUCGCUUACGAUAGUUAUCUUACAGAAGGAGGAAGUCUUCUCAUGUUUAGACACAACUCUCGCAAUGUGAUCAUAUAUGAACUGAAUGGCAAACUGAUAGGUGAAGUUGUGAAAUUUGAUGAUAAAUCAGCCUGGCAAAGAGCUAUUUGUUGCAACCAGCAAAUGUUCAAAAUGAUAAUAGGCGGGAACAGAGAUGACAUUGAAGUAUUUGAUUUGAUAUAA